GUGCUGAUUCAUAAACUCUACAAUAAUAAUUUCCCAUUGAGUUAUAGAAUCUUAAAGCCGGAUCGAUGGGCCAAGCGACAGCAUAGUGGACCGACUGAAUCUCCGCAUGCUAGAUUCAUGCAACCUCUGUGCGAUGUAGUUCCAAACGAAUUUCAUACGCAUUUGACGCCAAUUCCGGAACAGAUCAAUGCAGACAAAGAUGUCGUACUAUUUGUCAGUUGUUCAAUGAGGCAGAUAUCAGAGCACUCCACUAAAAUGAAAUAA